AUGGCUGACCGGGAUCUCUGUUCAGCCUCCCGACCAAUCGACCAGGUAAUGCAAGUCAAGAAAAUCACACAACUUGGCCAGGGUUCAGGAGCUACUUCUUCUGUCGGCCCUACUCCGAAGCCACCGGCUCGACAACAACCCGAGGGCCUCAAAGCCAGAUAUCAACCUUAUGGAGUCACUAGUCCCAUGGGUCAAAUUGGUGUAGAUGCAUCCUUCCACAUUGAAGAUGAUACAGAGAUGGCUGAUGCUCCUGCUCCUGCUCCUGCUCCUGCGAUACUCGCUGGCAGCGCACAGAACAAGUCGGACAAGAAGGAAAAGAAAAGGAAGGAAAAGGGGGAGUCUGAGACGCCAAGAAAGGGAAAAAGAAAGCACGUUUCUUCUGAGGAUGAUGCGGUCGCUGCUACAGAACAACUUAUGGGGGAGAACUUGUCCGCAGAAACCAAAACAAAGAAGCAGAAGACUGAGCGCGUUGGGAGUCCCGAUCUCGGAUCCGAUGCGCCUCCAUCGUCGGCUGUUUCCAAGAAACAGACGCUCCUUGUGCCCCCGGCGAUUCCGGGGUCAACGCCCUCGUCGAAGUCCAAGCGUAGCAAGUCCAAGCCUGAGACUCCAGCGUCAAAGCCUCGUGAGACGGCAGUUCCUGUCCCUCAAGUGCCAGGAUCCUCUCAGCACAAGGUUUCUCCUGUUCCCAUUCCUCAACCUGGUGUAGCCUCCACGCCUGUUGCAGACAGAGACAGCAAGAAGUCCAAGAAGAAGAAGACAAAGACUCCUGAUGCCACGGCAAAAACUCAGCAGAGUCCUCCUCCAAGUGCACAGCCAGCAGGCAGAAACAGCAAGAUUAAGUUGACUCCUGUACCGAUGCCAAAGCUGAAGACCACAGGCUAG